AUGGUCUAUCACACCUGCUGCAUACUUCUCUUCAAGCCCUUCCUCAUUAGGCCGAAGGAAGCGCAUGCGGUACCGAAGACUGAGACUGUCAAACGUGCAGAAGAACUUUGCGUCGAGUCGGCCAAGCGGAUAUGUCACGCCGGCAAAAAGUAUCGGCAGGUCUUUGGAAGCUUCCGCAAGAGUCCAAUUUCGGCCACGCAUUGCAUACUCACUGCGACAUUGGUUCUGAUUCAGUAUGCGAGUCCCGAUCCAGACUUCGCAAAUACCGGCAGACCCUGUUGCACCUUAUACAUUGAAGCGUGCUUGGAGAUCUUGAAGGAGCUCUCCACAUCAUGGAAGCCGGCUUACAGAAUGAGAGUCGACCUCAUCAAGUACCUGUACCAAAAGUACCCGGAGAGGAUUCCGAACUCCUUGCUCCAGACCGACCGGAAAAACUUGGCAAUGUUAUCCGGAAGGGACAUGGAGAAUGUCUCGGCGCAACCAGAGCAGACCCUUGAACAGAACCUCUGUCCACUGAUGAGCAAUAUUACUCAAGACUUCAUAUGGGAUGGUGCAGGUCAAGGCUUUCAGGGAUUCAACGGCGGUUCAGAAUCUGCCUUCAAUACGCAAUUUGCUCUCGCGGAUGCCAUUAUGGAUAGUGGGGGACAAGAUGAAACCACUUUCAUGGAUGAUGCCUUCUGGGCAGGAGUGAACUUUGACUUCAACCACGAGGCUCAGACAUAG